AUGAGCAAGAAUUGGAAGAGCUCGAAGCAAUUCAUACAGAAGGGGAAUUCUGAAUCGAUAACAAUUGAUGGAAUUGAUGAGAAAUUUGAGGUUACUCGGAUUUUCGAGGCAAUUGAGAAAAUGAAAGCGGUUGCUGAAGAGAAUUUGUGUAUGGUUAUGGUAUUUGCGAUAGUUUCAGCAAUGCAAGAAGAAAUUGAGGAAUUAUAA